CAUAAGAAAGAUCUUUCAUUUGGUUACCCUUUCUAAUAAUAAUGGAGGUGAAGGAUCACACAAUAACAACACUCUACGAAGCAUCACUAAAGGGUUGUGUAAGUACCCUACAAACCCUGAUCCAAAGGAACCCUCUAAUUCUGAAUAGAGUUUCACUCUCUCCCUUCAGUGAAACCCCAUUACACAUAGCCUCUUUGCUUGGACAUUUAGAAUUCUGUGAGGCUCUUGUCAAAAUAAAACCCAGUUUAGUUAGUGAAGCUGACUUGGAAGGACGUUUCCCUCUUCAUCUGGCUUGUGCGGAAGGACACAGUGAGGUUGUGAAAUUACUUUUGCUCACAAACCCCGAUGUUUGCUAUGCUGUGGACAAAGAUGACAUGCUUCCUCUCCACUUGGCUGCAAUGAGAGGACGCAUAGGAGCUAUUCAGGAGUUUAUCAAAACAAGACCAGACUCCAUUCAUCGUAUCACUGAUAAUGGAUCUGUUUUGCAUUUUUGUGUUAGGUAUAAUCAUUUGGAAGCCUUGAAAUUCUUUGUGCAAUCAGCUACAAUGAACCAAGAGUUUCUGCUUGCCCAAGACAAAGAGGGUAACACAGUUCUCCAUCUAGCAGUGAAGCUCAAACAAAUUAAGGGUUUAACACCAUCAUCACCAUCACCAAGCAUCAUCCCUACUCAACCACCACGAGAAGCCAAGAGAAUGAAACUCUGGGAGACCCUAUGGUUAAAAUACCUGCAAUACCGACCAAAUUGGAUAGAAGAGAAACGUGGGAGUUUGAUGGUAGUGGCCACUGUGAUAGCCUCCAUGACUUUUCAGUCAGCAAUUAGUCCACCAGGUGGGGUUUGGCAAGAAGACACUUUCUCUGGUGGACUCAAUUGCAGUUCUUAUGGCAUAUGUAAAGCAGGCACUGCAGUUUUGGCUUAUGAUUUGGCACAUGAAGGGUUUCUAAGAUUCUCGACAUUCAACACUGUGUUGUUCUUGGCCCUCUCUUCAAUCAGUCUCACCUACGUUUCUGCACAGCGAUUGGUGAUACCACAUCACCUUGCCCACAAAAUUGAUACCGUGAACACGCCUCUCCGUACGGUUUGGAAAAUCAUAAUUGCGGUUGUGGUUUUGUUUCACUUUCUUCACUUGCUCAUCUUAUGUGCGAAGAAGUUCCAGGUCAAGAUGCUAUCUAGCUCAAAUCAUUUACCACUGUUCCCUGGAUCAGAUUGA